GGACAGCUCGGCCCAAGCUGUCUUCUUCCUCGCCACUUUCAUUCCCCUGCCGCCGUAGCUCAACGCCGCAUUCCCCGCUCGCUUUAUUACUCCCGCCGUCCUCCUCCAUUUAUACCCUUUCCUUUCGCCCCGCAACUUGCAUCCCAGCAUACUUUCCCUUCCAAUUCCGGUUUGUUAACGCAAAGCACGAGCACAGCUGCGGCCGGCGAAAGAUAGCAGCUCCAGCUAUAAUAAGGGCCAUCUCCUUCUCUUUCUCUUUCUGCGACUCCACUCACUCCUUCCAGAUCUAGAGCUUCUUCCCGGGCCGCCUUCCAUGCCUCCCAGGCCUUCUCUGCCAUUGGCAUUCCUGCUCCUCCUGGCGGCGAGGCUCGCCGGCGCUGAUGACCCCUACCGUUACUUCACCUGGAUUGUGACGUAUGGCCCCAUCAACCCGCUCGGCACCACCCAGCAGGGCAUCCUGAUCAACGGGCAGUUCCCGGGCCCUCGCAUCGACUGCGUCACCAACGACAACCUCAUCGUCAACGUGGUCAACAACCUCGACGAGCCGUUCCUCAUCACAUGGAACGGGAUCAAGCAGCGCAAGAACUCAUGGCAGGACGGCGUGGCGGGGACCAACUGCCCCAUCCCGCCAGGCGCCAACUACACCUACAAGUUCCAGGCCAAGGACCAGAUCGGCACCUUCACCUACUUCCCCUCCGUGGCGCUGCACCGCGCCGCCGGGGGGUUCGGCGCCCUCAACGUCUACCAGCGGCCCUCCAUCCCCGUCCCCUACCCGCUCCCCGCCGGCGACUUCACACUCCUCGUCGGUGACUGGUACCUCGCCGGACACGACCAGCUCCGCCAGACACUCGACUCCGGCGCGCCGCUCCCGUUCCCGGACGCGCUGCUCAUCAACGGCAUGCCCUCCGCCACCUUGGUGGGCGACCAAGGGAGGACGUAUCUGUUGAGGGUGUCCAAUGUCGGGAUGAAGACGUCGAUCAACUUCCGGAUCCAGGGCCAUUCUCUGAGGCUGGCGGAGGUGGAAGGCACGCACCCGGUGCAGAACGUGUACGACUCCCUGGACGUGCACGUCGGUCAGUCUGUGGCGUUCCUCGUCACCCUCGACCAGCCGCCCAUGGACUACGCCGUGGUGGCGUCGACGCGGUUCAACCCGGCCGACACCACCCCGCUGACGGCGGUCGGGACGCUGCAUUACAGCAGCGCCACCUCCAUGGCGCCUGGCCCGCUCCCGGCAGGGCCGCCGGAGGAGAUCGAGUGGUCGAUGAACCAGGCAAGGUCGUUCCGGUGGAACCUGACGGCCAGCGCGGCGCGGCCCAACCCGCAGGGGUCGUUCCACUACGGCACCAUCCAGACGUCCAGGACACUGGUCUUGGCCAGCUCCGCUCCCGUCGUCGCUGGGCAGAGACGGUACGCCGUGAACGGCGUCUCGUUCGUCGUCCCGGACACGCCUCUGAAGCUGCUGGACAACUACAACAUCGCAAACAUGAUCGAGUGGGACAGUGUCCCGGAGAGGCCCGACGGCGGGGCACCCCGGCCAGGGACGCCGGUGGUGAGGCUCAACCUGCACGAGUUCGUGGAGGUGGUGUUCCAGAACACCGAGAACGAGAUGCAGUCCUGGCAUCUUGACGGAUAUGAUUUCUGGGUCGUCGGGUACGGCAAUGGUGGCCAGUGGACGGAGAAUGAGCGCCUGAACUACAACCUGGUCGACGCGCAGGCGAGGCAUACUGUUCAGGUGUAUCCGAAUGGAUGGUCGGCGAUCUUGGUGUCGCUGGACAACCAAGGGAUGUGGAACCUGAGGUCGGCGAACUGGGACCGGCAAUACCUCGGGCAGCAGCUGUACCUGAGGGUCUGGACGGCGGAGCAGAGCUUCUCCAACGAGUACAGCAUCCCGACCAACGCCAUACUCUGCGGCAGAGCUGCCGGCCUUCCACACUGAGGAACAACAAAGGCUCAAUACCACUGCUGCUUCUACUACUACUACUAUAUAUAUGGCUGAAAUGAAGGUCAUAGUUGUUACGAUUUCUUGGAAAUAUAUAUGUACUGCCACUCUAGCUAAAAACUGAUGUACUAGUACUCGUAUAUUAUUCUUUGGUGGUGUCGGUAUUUCAAGUCCUUAUGUUUGGUCUGUGGACAAGACCACAGGCCCUGUGAA